AAAAAACCCGAGCUUUCUCGCCUUUAAUCCCUGAGGAAUCAUUUGGGAGGCCAUGCAUGCGCACAAUCCGCUUUAUAAAGAGACCGGACUCCAGACACACACACACCCACACACACACAUACACACCCACACACACACCUCAGUCUCAAUCUCACUCUCUGACACAGGAACCUACAGUACUGUGCACAGCAACUUUCCUGGAUCUCUGGCAACAAUUGCUUUUUAUUUGCAUUUCCAAGGAAAUGAUGGCUUCAAAGAUGAAGGACCGGAAGAGAACUCCAGUCUCACACAAGGUGAUCGAGAAGAGGAGGAGAGACCGCAUCAACCGCUGUCUGAAUGAGCUCGGCAAAACCGUCCCCAUGGCCCUGGCCAAACAGAAUUGUGGGAAGCUGGAGAAGGCAGAAAUAUUAGAGAUGACCGUACAGUACCUGCGCGCUUUACAUUCAGCCGACUUUCCCCGCGGGAGAGAAAAAGGAGAGCUCCUGAGCGAGUUCGCCAACUACUUCCACUACGGCUACCACGAGUGCAUGAAGAACCUGGUGCACUACCUGACCACGGUGGAGCGCACAGAGACCAAAGACAACAAGUACGCACGCAUCCUGGCCUUCCUGCAGUCCAAGGUGGUCUCAGAGCCCGUCUUCGGCUCACGCUACGAGUCCGCGUUUACCUCGCCCGAGCCUGUAGACUUCCUGUGUCAGCUGCGCUCUCCGCCGGAGUGCCAUCAGAACCCGAGCGAACCCGUAUUCCAGCAGAGCCACGGCGGGCAUUUAUCCUGGCACGGCUCGGCGCUCGCCUACCCUCAGCAGCACGGACUGGACCAUCACCAUUACAUGAACUUCAUGAGCCACACACACAGCUUGCACACGACGCCACACGUCGCUUUGUAGAUUGGAUGUUUGUUGUAUUUCUGUUUAAUUUAUAUGUGCACGUUUCAAACGAGAAUCUAGAUAU